AUGGACACACGCGCGUGGCUUGAAAAGAUUAAAGCUGCCAAGGCCACUUUACUGAUUGAAGAUGGGAGGCGGAAGAUCCAUUUCUUGUUUCCCGAAGGAGAAGAAAUGGUUGAAGAAUAUGACACAUCCAACGAUAACCUACUGACUAGGAGAUGGAGAAAGAAAACUGUACUUGGUGGUGAUGGAUCUUGGGAGAUUGAAGUUGGGGAGCCGACGACGAGUAGAAAUCAAUUUUCGGAUUGUAUAAUGGAGUCUUCUCAAACUCCCUUGUUUAGUCGCAGCGAUGUUGCCAAUUCAUUUCAGUGGCGAGUACGUAAUUUGCCUUAUCCAUUGGACGUGUACAAAAUUAACAUUGAAGAUGAGGCAAUCGUUCUAAGGACGACUAAUAAGAAAUAUUACAAGAAGUUCACCAUACCGGAUAUGAUGCGAAUGGGCUUGCCACUGGACGAGAAGUCGAUUACACUAAGUCAUGCAAACAACACACUCAUUAUUUCGUAUAAAAAACCUGAUAAAGUACUGGAAAAUGA